CCGCUCUGGGUGGCUGCGCGGCGCGUUCCCCGCGACCGACGAAGGCAUGGCGGAGCUGAGCUGGUUCGAAGCGGGCGGCUCUCUGCUGGAGCGGGUCGCUGCCGGCAGCCCGCUCUCCCUGCUUUUGGCCGCUUCUGCUUUUGCUCUGAGCUUGGGCUACUUGUUACAGCUCGGCUCUCGCCAACAGCGACAGUCCAGUAGCGGCCAGAAGUAUCCACCUUACAUUCCGUCAAAUAUCCCUUUUUUGGGACAUGCAAUUGCAUUUGGAAGAAAUCCUAUCCAAUUUUUAGAAGAUGCCUAUGAAAAGUAUGGGCCUGUAUUUAGCUUCACUAUGGUGGGAAAGACCUUCACCUACCUCCUGGGCAGUGAUGCAGCUGCUCUCUUGUUCAAUAGUAAAAAUGAAGAGUUGAAUGCAGAAGAAGUAUAUUCACGGCUAACCACUCCUGUCUUUGGCAAGGGAGUAGCUUAUGAUGUACCCAAUGUAGUAUUUUUGGAACAGAAGAAGAUGCUAAAAACUGGUCUGAAUAUAAGUCAAUUUAAACAUCAUGUAUCAAUAAUUGAGAAAGAGACUAUAGAAUACUUUAAAACUUGGGGAGAUAAAGGAAAAAGAAAUUUGUUUGAAGCAUUUUCAGAACUAAUCAUUUUGACAGCCAGCCACUGUUUACAUGGGAAGGAAAUAAGAAGCAUUCUCAAUGAGAAAGUAGCACAGCUCUACGCCGAUUUGGAUGGGGGAUUUACUCAUGCUGCGUGGCUCCUACCGGGGUGGCUGCCUUUGCCCAGCUUCAGAUGCAGAGACAGAGCCCAUAGUAAAAUAAAAGCUAUUUUCUAUGAAGUAAUUCAGACGCGACGAGAGUCUUCAACAAGAGAGGAUGACAUGCUGCAAACACUGCUGAAUGCUACUUACAAAGAUGGUCGCCCUCUAACAGAUGAUGAAAUUGCUGGGAUGCUUAUUGGAUUGCUCUUAGCAGGCCAGCAUACAUCUUCAACCACUAGCACUUGGCUUGGCUUCUUUUUGGCCAGAGAUAAAUCAAUACAGGAACAGUGUUAUGAGGAACAAAAAACUGUGUGUGGAGAAGAUUUACCUCCAUUGAACUAUGAUCAGCUCAAGGAUUUGGAUUUGCUGGAUCGUUGCUUGAAAGAAACAUUAAGACUUAGACCACCUAUAAUGACCAUGAUGAGGAUGGCUAAAACUCCCCAAACUGUUUCUGGUUAUACAAUUCCACCCGGUCAUCAAGUUUGUGUAUCUCCUACUAUCAAUCACAGACUUAAAGACUGUUGGGUGGAAAAUUUAAAAUUCAAACCAGACCGUUAUCUUCAAGAUAAUCCUGCAGCUGCGAAAAAGUUCUCAUUUGUGCCAUUUGGUGCUGGUCGUCAUCGUUGUAUUGGAGAGAACUUUGCAUAUAUUCAGAUUAAAACAAUUUGGUCAACACUUCUGCGUUUAUAUGAAUUUGAUUUAGUGGAUGGAUACUUCCCUACCAUAAAUUAUACAACUAUGAUCCAUACACCUACAAAUCCAUUAAUUAUAUACAAAAGGAGAUCACAAAAUAAGACACAUACAUUGUAGAGAAACUCUUCUAGACCAGCUAAAGAAGAGGUUGAUCAUUGCCUGUAAUGUAAUUUGUAAAGAAAUUUGAAAUUUUGUGCUACAA